GACAGGAGCAUUCUAGUCGGUGAAAAUAGAUGAUGCCAAGAUCAACAAAAAAAGAAGGGGACACAGAAGCCACACAGUCUCCUGCUCCUCCUGCUCCUCUUCCUCCGCCUCCUCCAGAGACGGAGGCUGAUCCGGUUGCUCCUGAAGCACAUUUUCUUCAUAUCCCAGGUGGGAUAACUGCAUACACCUUGUCCAAAUGGCAAGUCAAACUUGAUUUACCGUAUAUCAAUGGUGUGCUGGCUGUUGGCUACACAGUGAUUGGAGCGUUACUUUGCUUUUUCUCUCUCGUUUUACUACCUUACAAUGACUUUUCCAGAGGAACGCUUCACUGCAAGGAAGGCUACUGUGCCUACAGGGCUAGCAGUGCGUCACAGUUGUUGUUCAACCAUAACACAAUGACCGACUUCCACCCGUACAACUGGACCAUGCUUAUGACAGGAGUUUUCUUACUGGUCUACGGGUUAGUGGUAUGGUCGAAAAUCACUUCCCACGUAAUCAAUGCAGGCUAUGCGCUGAACGUGGCGACGCUGAUCUACACAACCUAUGCGACAGUGUUAUCCUAUUAUCACUGGGACAAUCCUCCCUAUAAGGUUUUCUCACCCUUCUCAUUCACUGGAGUCCUACAUUCUUUCUUUGGACCUAUUCUACUCCAUAUGACCACCCUCUGUCUUCUGGUUCAGGCGAUUAUCAAUGUCCCUGGCGUAUAUGUUCAUGGCAUACAUUACUAUCCGGAAAUCGCACUGGAUCCAACCGCCUCAGAACAUACCAAGGUCGGUUAA